UAUAAAACGGCGCAAUUAAUAUCGCUUGUCAGUCAGCCGAUUUUUAGUGUAAAUUCGAACGACACCUGGUGAUAUCAAUAAACAAUCAUGAGGAUCACCGUCGCAUUGUCCUUUUUGGCUGCACUUUGUACCGUCGGGGCUAUUCCAACGUCGACCGAUUUGGAAAUUCUGAGGCUUCGAGUGAGGGACAUGAAAUGGAAUGUGGAGACUGUUAUACGUCAACUUCAACUACUCCGUGUCCAGACCGAGGAUGAUACCCUUCGGCAAGUCUCGUUAAAAUGGGAUGAAGAACAAGAUAGUCAUAGAACAUAUAAAACUUUAUUACUUUCUGGGAUACGCAGUGAAAUAGAUGCUGCUAAGGCGGAGGGUAGAAAUGUGGACUCAUGCUAUCAAGAGGCCAUUGAUGGUAUCGAAAAUAACGAGAAAGUAGCAUACGAUGACGCUUCAAAAUGCGAGGACGCCGCUCGAAAUUCCAUCCAUAACAACCUUGGCUUUAUCGACAGUCUCAUCUUGACCGGAAACACGCUGUCGAUGGAGUGCGACAAUAUCUUUUUGAAUUGUCACGACAGCGACAUUUAUAGGAUGCAGAGCUGCAUCAUCGGCGAAUUGGCGAGAGCAGAAGGAGCUCUGAGGACUUUGGAGGGUGAUAGCAUUAACGCAGAGAUCACCAUUGCACCCGUGUCCAAGAAUGUCAUUAUGCAGGCCGGCAAUUGUAUUAAACAGGCUUAUUCCAUCACAUAUUCGGCGGGGGUGAUGAUCAGAAUGAGAGUCACUCAAUGCAUCCAAUUACAAACGACCACGACAACAAAUUUGGCACCAGAAAUCCCAUAAUUUUAAGACUAUUUCAUUUACUAAUCCCGUUAUACGUUAUUAAAAGUGAUUUUCGACAGGAAUCAUAAGACGUCCCAGGAUUGUGAUUUCAAAGAAAAGCAUCACGAUAUUACACGAUAUUUUAUUGUACUGAAUGUAAAACUAGCAUAGUUAGUAGUACGUGCUCCGAAUUCAGUGCCACACGGUAUUUUUCGAAAGAGUAACUUUGUAUGUAAUAUGAAAAAAAAAUUAAAAUACCAGUAAAACAAGAA